AUGGCUUUGAUCUACAGCCGCGCAACAUGCGUCAUUUCCUGGCUUGGAAUAUUACCACAAGAGUAUGACGAGGGUUGUCGAACUCUGAGCCAAGCAUCAGAAGUGUCGUGCGCAAGAUGGUCAGAAAGAGAAUGGAAAGCGCUCAAGUAUCUCAGCUAUGCGCCGUAUUGGACCCGCGUCUGGGUUGUACAGGAAGUUUUGCUGGCUUCUCACUUGACCAUAUGGUGCGGGCCCUUUACAUUCUCGCCCACGCUCUUUGGCAGAACACCACAAGUGAGAGAAUUUGUUCAAACGAAAUUUGCUGCAGAUGGAAGGCUGAGUGUUUUGAGAAGCGAUACAAGCCGACUACGCUGCCCCUCAGAGGCCAUUCUUGCGCACAGGAUGAGACUCGUUCCCCGGAUGGCAAAAGACACUACCCCGGAAGGAUGUGCUAUUGGCACUCUGGAAGACAUGGUCUCUGAUCUUCAAAAGCCUUCAAUGAAUUUUGAAACAUAUCAGUCUCGAGUUCCAGAUGAGCUCCACAGCAUCAUGCGCAAAUUCGGCCGCUUGCAAUGCACAGACAUACGGGACCGUUUAUAUGGGUUCAUCGGUCUACUCGAUGAGCGGAGUCGCAAAAAGUUGAAUCCAGACUACAAGAGGAGUGUUGAAUAUGCCUUUUAUCAGGCACUGAAAUUUGGAUUGUCGGAGCUAUGCCCAGGCUAUGGCGUCUCCUCUUGGGGACUUGGGGACUCCUGGAUAUCAUACUUCUGCGAGGUCCGAGACGCGUUCAAUAUGGGGGAUGAAAUCAGCGCACGAAUAUUCCGACAAGUAUAUCGCGAGCUCGAUUUCAAGACACAAAUGCAGGAUGUCCUCUUUCAGGAACAGUGGGAUAUCAACUAUGGUUGGAGAGGGGCGGAUGCCGUUCACUAUCGCGCUUUUAGUCAUAUGAUCAUCGAUGAUGAACUGGACGACGACGCAUCUUUGGGUAUUAAUAGCCCGCUAUUGCUAAGGUUUCACAACAAACAACGGCGUUUAUGUGAGAAGAUGUGA